ACCAGAAACAAGAGAAGUUUUGUUGUGUCAACUCAUCUCUCCCUGUAAUCAUUUCAUUGCAUUUCACCCCAUCUAUCUUCCCCACCUAUACAUACACCCAUCUUGUAUCUAUCUAUCAUCGUCUCCGUGUAACCAUGGUCGAAACACGGCGCGGCUCGUCGUCGUCGAAGCGCCCGCUCUCAUCCCCCUCGUCGUCGUCUCUCCCCACCGGGAAGCGAUCAAAGGCGGUGGAGACGUCGUCGUCGACGAACGAGAAUCGGCCGGCGGCGGAGAAAACCCUAGCACCGGCGAAGGAGUCGGGAGGGGAGUCGAGAGAAGAGAAGGCAGCGGCGGAUCGGAAGGAGACGGUUGAGGCGGUGCGAGAUGAAUCCACUGAUGCCAGACUUGAAGGUGGUUCUCUGAUUGAUGAUGAGAAGAAUAAACUUAAUGGUCCGGCUUUGAAUCGAGGAAAGAAAAGACAGCUUAAAUCAAAUGUUGGAGUUGCAUGGGGAAAACUCCUAUCUCAGUGUUCUCAAAAUCCCCAUGUCGUUAUGCAACGUCCUGUAUUUACUGUUGGUCAAGGUCGUCAAUGUGACUUGUCGAUAGGUGAUGCGUCCAUCAGUAAAACUUUGUGUAAUUUAAGGCGGAUAGAGUCAGAGGAAGGAAGUCCAUCGGGCACUUUACUUACAGUCACGGGUGGAAAAGGGAUUGUUAAAGUAAAUGGUAAAGUUUGCCCUAAGCAUACCUCCUUGCCUCUCAAUGGAGGUGAUGAAGUGGUUUUCAGUCCAUCUGGUAAACAUGCUUAUAUAUAUCAACAACUUUCUAGAGAUAAUUUAGCGUCUGAUAGUUUGCCUCCUGCAGUGAGCCUACUAGAGCAUAGUAGUUCUAUGAAUGGUCUUCACUUUGAGGCAAGUGGAGAUCCCUCAACUGUUGCAGGUGCAUCAGUUUUAGCAUCUUUUUCAAAUCUCCGGAAGGAGUUUUCCCUUCUUCCUCCCCCUUCUUGCGAUGAUGAGGAUGUGCAACCUGAAUUGCCUACUCUUCCUUUUGAUUGUGAAGUGUCAGAUAACCACAUUGUGGAUGCCAACCUGAAGGAUGCAGCAGAUCAUAAUGAUGGGACUGGUGUUUCGUUGAAUGAGAAGGGUGUACAGUCUACCAAUGCUGGUAAUGAAACUAUCAACUUCAAUAGCAGCGGCAAUGAUGAUGCUAUGGAUGCAGAAAUCGAAAAGGUUCCAGAAACAAACCCUGAACUGAGGCCGCUUAUGCAGAUGCUCUCAGGAUCUUCUGCUCCUGAGUUUGACUUGAGUAGUAGUAUUUCUAAAAUACUUGAUGAGCAAAAAGACUUGAGAGAUGUACCGAAGGAUAUGGACGGUCCAGUGUUGAUGUCAAAGAGACGCCAAUUAUUCAAGGAGGGGCUACAACAACGAAUCCUCAAAUCUGAGAAUAUUGAAGUUUCAAUUGAAAGCUUUCCAUAUUAUCUAAGUGAGACCACAAGGAAUGUUCUGAUUGCUUCGACAUACAUACAGUUAAAGUGUAACAAGUUCACCAAGUUUUCCGUGGACCUGCCUUCCGUGAGCCCAAGAAUAUUAUUAUCUGGUCCUGCAGGUUCUGAAAUCUAUCAAGAAACAUUGGCUAGGGCGCUUGCCAAACAUUUUGGUGUGGCACUUCUCAUUGUUGAUUCCCUUCUGUUGCCCGGAGGAUGUUCAGCGAAGGAAACUGAUGUUAGGGAAAGUUCAAGGCCUGAAAGAGCAAGCAUGUUUGCUAAACGUGCUCAGGCUGUAGCGUUGCAUCUGAAGAAACCAGCCUCAAGUGUGGAGGCUGACAUAACUGGUGGGUCUAUCUUAAGCUCUCAGGCCCAGCCCAAGCAGGAGGUGUCCACUGCAUCAUCCAAAAACUACAUUUUUAAGAAAGGUGAUAGGGUAAAAUUUGUUGGGUCCUUGCCUUCUGGAUUUUCUCCCAUGCACCCUCUUUUAAGGGGGCCAUCAUAUGGUUAUAAAGGCAAAGUAGUGCUUCCAUUUGAAGAAAAUGGCUCUUCAAAGAUUGGAGUUAGAUUUGACAAACAAAUUCCAGAUGGUAAUGAUCUUGGAGGCCUCUGUGAAGAAGAUCAUGGUUUUUUUUGCGCCUCCGACUUGCUUCGCCUUGAUUCUUCCAGUAGCGAGGAUAGUGAAAGGCUUGCAAUUAAUGAACUCUUUGAGGUUGCUUUAGAACAAUGUAAAAGUGGCCCAUUAAUUAUAUUUAUAAAAGACAUUGAGAAGUCUUUACUGGGAAAUCCUGAGGCAUAUGCCUCUUUCAAAAUUAAGCUUGAAAAUUUACCAGGAAACGUGGUGGUCAUCGCUUCGCAGACGCAAAUGGAUAAUCGCAAAGAGAAAUCCCAGCCUGGUGGACUUUUGUUUACGAAGUUUGGAAGCAAUCAAACAGCACUACUCGACCUUGCUUUCCCGGAUAGUUUUGGUAGACUACAUGACAGAACUAAAGAUGCCCCAAAAACAAUGAAGCAACUCACUCGUCUAUUCCCAAACAAAGUGUCGAUACAGAUGCCUCAGGAUGAAACACUGCUUUCAGGCUGGAAGGAACAAUUGGAUCGUGAUGUAGAGACCCUGAAGUCAGAGUCAAAUAUUAUUAGCUUUCGCUCGGUCUUGAACAAACAUGGAUUUGAAUGUCCUGAGCUUGGAACAUUGUCCAUAAAAGAACAAACCUUGACCAAUGAAAGUGUGGAGAAAGUUGUUGGAUGGGCUUUAAGUCAUCACUUUAUGCAAUGUUCUGAAGCUCCUGCCAAAGAUGCAAAACUUGUGCUAUCUAGUGAUAGCAUUAGAUAUGGGCUCGACAUUCUACAGGGUGUACAAAAUGAAACCAAGACCAUGAAGAAAUCACUCAAGGACGUUGUUACUGAAAAUGAAUUUGAGAAGAGAUUACUUGGGGAAGUAAUUCCGCCCAACGACAUUGGUGUUACUUUUGAUGAUAUUGGCGCUUUAGAAAAUGUCAAAGAUACAUUGAAAGAAUUGGUGAUGCUACCUCUUCAAAGGCCAGAGUUGUUCUGUAAAGGACAGCUGACAAAGCCUUGCAAGGGGAUAUUGCUUUUUGGACCUCCUGGCACGGGUAAAACUAUGCUUGCAAAAGCAGUUGCAACUGAGGCUGGUGCAAACUUCAUCAAUAUAUCUAUGUCAGCCAUUACUUCAAAAUGGUUUGGUGAGGGAGAAAAGUAUGUUAAAGCUGUCUUCAGCCUUGCCAGUAAAAUAUCACCCAGUGUCAUUUUUGUUGAUGAGGUCGACAGCAUGUUAGGAAGGCGUGAAAAUCCUGGAGAACAUGAAGCAAUGCGUAAAAUGAAAAAUGAAUUCAUGGUAAAUUGGGAUGGCCUGCGUACAAAAGAUAAGGAACGUGUAUUGGUACUUGCUGCAACCAAUAGGCCGUUUGACCUAGAUGAGGCUGUUGUUCGAAGGCUUCCUCGAAGGUUAAUGGUAAACCUCCCAGAUGCCACAAAUAGGGAGAAAAUUCUAAGAGUCAUAUUGUCCAAGGAAGAAUUAGGAUCUGGAGUCCAUCUUGAAGCAGUAGCUAGUAUGACUGAUGGUUAUUCAGGAAGUGAUUUAAAGAAUCUAUGCGUGACAGCUGCUCAUUGCCCCAUAAGAGAACUUUUGGAGAAAGAAAAGAAGGAAAGAGCUUUGGCAUUGGCGGAAAAUAGACCUUUACCUGCAUUACACAGCAGCGUUGAUGUUCGUCCUUUGUGUAUGGAUGAUUUCAAAUUUGCACAUGAACAGGUAUGUGCCAGUGUAUCAUCGGAGUCUACAAACAUGAGCGAGCUUCUUCAAUGGAAUGAACUCUAUGGCGAAGGUGGAUCAAGAAAGAAGACCUCUCUUAGUUACUUCAUGUAGUGGAGGUAUCCAAAUUGUAUAGAAUUUUUUAGCUUUAUCUUUUUAUAUCUUUUACUAACUAUAUAGUACAGCUGAUGAUGGUGCCUUGUGACUGCGGAAAUACUACGGGUUCACCCAAACCCAGAUAUCUUUUUCAUGUUUGAGAUAGAGGCUCCUUUGUAUCAUAUGUUUUAUGGAUAUUAUAACGCCAUCCAUACAAGUUUAAAUUAUACUGAGCCUGUACAUACAUUGCGAUUAAUUUAACAAACCAUAUACAUGUUUACUUGGCGUUAAUGUUGAAGCUAUUUGAUGACAUUAACAUCUAAUAUUAUUGGCCUUGGUUUCUUU